AUGAAGGGCCUUUGGGGAAUAAUCGUUGCGGUUCUGGCGUUUGCGCCGCUAGCCAUUGCUCAGAUGCCAGGUUGCGCCCUUACCUGUCUUAUGUCGGCACUUCCAGCAUCCUCAUGUGCUGCAACCGACCAACCGUGUAUCUGUGCUGAUACUGCUCUGAAUGCUCAUGUUAUGGCAUGCAUCCAGACUACAUGCACAGUCAAGGAACAACUCACGACUGCAAAUGCGACAGCUGUUGCCUGUGAUGCGCCAGUACGAAACAAGACGUCCACAUAUGCUAAAUUUACGAUAAUAUUCUAUUGUUUGUCUACCGUAGCGGUAAUCAUCCGCAUGAUCACAAUCUUCGGGAUGGGCCAAGAAUUUGGAUAUGAUGACGGCUGCGUAAUAUUUAUAUUCUUUAUCAAUACGGCAAUCAUGGUAUUGGCUAUUACUGGACUCACGAGAUAUGGCAUCGGGCAAGAUAUUUGGAAACUCCCCUUCGAUUCAAUUACCAACGCACUCUUUUACUUCUGGGUCUCGGAGCCGCUUUACUAUCUAGAGGCACCACUCAUUAAAAUUGCUUUCCUCCUCUUCUUUCAUCGCAUAUUCACGGACCAGACGAUCACCCGUAUUAUUUGGACCCUCAUCGCUGUCAAUGUCAUGGUUAUAAUCACUUUCGUGGUCGCUCUUUGCUUCAUUUGCCGACCCAUUAGUUACUCCUGGAAUUCAUGGGAUGGCGAACACACUGGUACCUGCGGGAAUGCAAAUGCCCUGGCAUUCUCUAAUGCAGGGAUAUGCAUCCUCUUAGACUGCAUUAUAAUUGCUCUUCCUAUAACCAGAAUAAUGGCAUUGCAAUUAUCACUGAGAAGAAGAAUCAGUAUUUUAUUCAUGCUUUGUGUUGGGACUUUCGUCACAAUUGUAAGCAUCCUUCGACUGCAAUCUCUAGUAACAUUCGAAAAUACUGCCAAUCCAACCUGGGAUUUCUAUGGCACUGGCAUCUGGUCCACUAUGGAACUUGAUGUCGGUAUUAUCUGUCUCUGUAUGCCUAGCUUGCGUGCCUUUCUUAUCCGGCUUUUCCCCACACUCAGUUCCCGAAACCGUAGUCAAUAUCCCUCGAUUCGGAUGCAAUCAGACACCCGCAAGACAGGUUCGACCUCGAAAUCGUCUCGAAAUAAUGGGAAAGGAGGGAUAUCUUUAUCAAGGAAUUUUGUUGUCGAAUAUUCGAAUACUCCAGCGCAGGACCAGUCUAGUUUUGUCCAGUUGGUAGAGAUAGAGGCUGGCCGUGGCGAUGAUAAUAAAUCAUGA